AUGGCGUCUGAAGUCGAUCCCGCCAAUAUCCAGGGCAGUAUCUGGCCCCGUCUCCCCCGGUACUACGAAAGCUUCCUGUUUUUCAAGGUCAAAGACCUCGAAGAGGACCGCUCCUACACCACGUUCAAAGAAGACCUGAGAAAGCUGGUGGAAUCCGGCAAGAUCACCACCGGCAGCAAAUGCAAGGAGUAUCUCGAGAAACAUGACGGCGUUAAUGAGGCCCGGGAAAGAGUGGACACUCGUCCCGAGGAUCGCGAGACGUUCAAUGCGAUCAACAUUACCUUCUCCGGCAAGGGUACGACCAAGCUGGUUGGGCCGUACGACGAGCUGAAGCUCCGGGACCUGCUGCAUGAGCGCGGCAUGUACCAGGACAUGGUCUUCGAAGGGCCCGACGAGACCAACUCCCUGGCCCCGGAGUACCGGCCGCCCCAAGGCUGGGCCAAUAACGACAACUGGCGGUGCGACGGGAUGUUCAUCGUCGCCGCCCAGCGUGAGGACGAGCUAGAGGCCACGGUCAAGGACCUCAAGAGCUACUUCCGCAUUGCCGACGAUCAUACCGUUGACGCCAAGGAGGCCAGCGCGAAGAUCACGCUGACCAAGAACGGACACGUUCGCAAUGCCGAUGGCAAAGCGCAGCGGAGGGAGAUUCCCGACGAGAAGGACCCGUCCAAGAAGCGCCUGGAGAACCUCCGGGGCAAGGAACAUCUCGGAUUCGAAGACCACAUUUCGCAGCCUGCCAUCGAGGGCCUGGACCAGUGCAAGGAGGGCGAGCCCCAGGCCAUUGCCCCGGGUGUGAUCUUCCUCAACCGCCGGGGAGACAACACCAAGUCGCCGGCGUGGGCCACAGAUGGCAGUUAUUUAGUCUUCCGCGAGAUCGAGGAGCACGUGCCCGAGUUCAACGAAUUCGUGAAGACGCAGUCCGAGAAGAUGCACACCUUCAACGACGGCACCGGCGAGAAGCUGGCCGCUCAUAUGAUCGGACGAUGGAAGAACGGGUCUCCCGUGGCGCUGGACAGCGAGAACUCGGUGGCCCAACAUCCCUUUGCCAACAACUUCGAGUUCAAGCAGCACUAUUCCAGCCCGAAGGAGAUCAAGUGUCCGAUUGCCGCGCACAUUCGCAAGAUGCGCCCUCGCGCCGACCUCUAUAUCUCGAAAGAUGGCGGGGAUGUCUCUGCGCAGACGAACUACUGGAACAACACGAACGUGAUGCUGCGUCGCAGCGUCACCUUUGGUCCGGAGCUCCAGCCGGGCGAAGAGAAGAUGAAGCCCGCAGAGCGCCCCAAGCGAGGCAUUUACUUCUUGGGCUACCAGGGCGACUUCCGGAAUGGCUGGAACUUCAUGAUCAGUCGCUGGGCCAGCAACGAGGUCUUUUCGGGCAAGGAGGGGAUAGAGUUGCGCCCUGGCCAGGACCCCAUCAUCAGCCAGCGCAACCGCCCCGACCACCCGGAGCCCAAGUUCGGCAUUUUCGACGGCGACCAGCCCAAAGAGCUACACAUGGGCUAUCUGCCAUGGAUCGACCAGCGCGGGGGGAGUAUUUCUUCACGCCGUCGAUGGAGGCCUUGCGGGGGUGUUUGUGAACGA